CCCAAACCUGUCUGGCCAGUUUUGAGAGCAGCAGGCACGGAGACGAGAAGGCGGAGGAUGCACGGCCGGCCUCGUGCUCCCCCGCUCCCUCCGCCGACCGCGCCUGUCCUACCUACCCGCCCGACCCCAUGAGGUGCACCCCGGGCCUCCUGGUGCCCCUGGUGGGCCUGGGCCUGAGCCUGAGGCUGCCGGGGGCGGUGGCCAACGACUGCGGGUCCCUGGGGCAGGCACAACGCCUGGCGUUCGCCCCCGUGGCCAGGACGCGGUGGCUGGCUCCACUCGUGCGCCCGCCGGGACCCUUGGACCCGCUGUAUGGCGCAGUGCGCCGCUUCCUCGCUGUGGUGCAGCUCAACCCCUUCCCCGCAGACUUGGUAAAAGCCCUGCUGAAUGAGCCAUCCUCCGUGAAGGUGGACGAGGUGAGAAUGGAGUGGCGGGUGGUGCGGUACGAGGCCGGCUAUGUGGUGGGCGCUGUAAUCGCAGGCCUCUACCUCCUGGUGGUGCCCACCACCGGCCUGGGCUUCUGCUGUUGUCGCUACCGCCGACGCUGCGGGGGCCGUGUGAAGACGGAGCACAAGGCCCUGGCCUGUGAGGGCGGCACCCUCAUGGCCUUCCUGCUGCUGACGACCCUCAUCCUGCUGAUUGGUGUGGUCUGCGCUUUUGUCACCAACCAGCGCACACACGAGCAGACAGGCCCCAGUGUGGAAGCUGUGCCUGAGACCCUGCUCAGCCUCCGAGGCCUGGUCUCCGAUGUCCCCCAGGAGCUGCAGGCCGUGGCAGAGCAGUUCUCCCUGCCCCAGAAGCAAGUUUUGGAGGAGCUGGAUGGGAUCGGUGAGCGCCUUGGGAACCUCGUGCACACCCAGCUCGGGAGCAUAGUUUACCCGGUGCUGGCUUCUGUGGACAGCCUGGGCAAGGCCCUGCAGGUUGCCAUGGACCAUCUCCGAGUCCUGAACACCACCUUGGUGGAGCUGCGGGAGGGGCAGCAGCACCUGGAGCCAGCUGUGCAGAAGCAUAGGGACCGCCUGCUUGCCCUGCUGCAGGAUACUGGGUGCCAGGGGAACUGUGAGGGGACCCUGAACCAGGCCCGAGCCCUGGAGCUGGCCGCCGACUUUGUCCAGGUGCCCUCCAUAGACCACGUCCUGUACCGGCUACAGGGAGUCCCAGAGGCCAAUUUCUCCAGCAUGGUCCAGGAGGAGAAUAACACCUUCCACAGCCUCCCACUCCUGGUUGCCAUGCAGACGGCCAGCGUGGUCAAAGAUCUGAAGAAGGCAGUGGCGCAGCAGCCCGAAGGCAUGAGGACCCUGGCCAGUGGCUUCCCGGGCUCUGAGGCAGCUUCCCAAUGGAAACAGGCACUGGAGCAGCUGGAAGAGCACAGCCGCCCCUACCUGCGGGACAUGCAGCGAUACGAGACGUACAGGUGGAUCAUGGGCUGCGUGCUGUGCUCCACAGCCCUCCUCGUGGUGGUCUGCAACCUGCUGGGCCUCUGCCUGGGCAUCUUGGGGCUGUCUGCCAGGGAAGACCCCAGCCAUUGGGAGGCCAAAGGCGAGGCUGGAGCCCGCUUCCUCAUGGUGGUUAUGCCCACCUCACAAGGAAGCUCUACAGGUCUGUGGCACCCAGCCUACAGGUCCUUGCUGUUCAGCCCUGUUGGGUGCUGCCCUGCCAGUGGGUCACGCCUGGCUGUGCCUGGUCAUCUUUUGAAGGUCAUCUCCGUGGACACUAAGGCCAGCAGCAGGGGUGUGGGGUUAAGCUUCCUCUUCACCGCCCCCCUCAUCCUCCUGGUCUUUGCUACCUUCCUGGUGGGCGGCAACGUGCAGACGCUGGUGUGCCGGAGCUGGGAGAGCGGGGAGCUCUACGAGUUUGCAGACACCCCUGGAAAUCUGCCCCCCUCCAUGAAUCUGUCCCACCUCCUUGGCCUGAGGAAGAACAUCAGCAUCCUCCUGGCCUACCAGCAGUGCAAGGAAGGGGCCGCUCUCUGGAAGGUUCUGCAGCUCAACGACUCCUACGACCUGGACAAGCACCUGGACAUCAGCCAGUAUACCAAGAAGCUGCAGUGGGACCUGCAGAGCUUCCAAGUGGACAUGAAGGACCCGGACCUGCUGAGCCCAGAGGCCCGUAGGGACCUGGAGGCGCUGCAGACAAGUGGGGUGGAGAGCAUCCCCUACCUCGACUUCCUUGUUCAGAUCCAGAAGCCCGUGGUGAAGACAGAUGUGGAGCAGCUGGCCCAGGAGCUGGCAGGACUGGCCCAGUCCCAGGGCAAUUCUGUGUUGGGGCAACAGCUGCAGGAGGAGUCCAGAGGGCUCAGAAACCUCUUUGAGGAGCAGGUCAUCUCCCAGCAGAACCUAGUGGUCAAGCUCAACCUCAGCAUCAGGGCCCUGGAGUCCUCCGCUCCAAACCUCCAGCAGGAGACCUCAGCUAUCCUAGGCAAUGUCACCUACCUAAAUGCAGAGCUGCCGCCAUUGACCAACCAUAUCCUGCAGAAUGCAAGUCAGUGUUUUCUGACUCGGGAGAUGGGCUACUUCUCCCAGUACGUGGCCUGGGUGAGGGAGGAGGUGACCCAGCACAUUGCCACCUGCCAGCCCUUCUCCAGAGCUCUGGACAAUGGCCGUGUGAUCCUAUGUGACAUGAUGGCCGACCCCUGGAAUGCCUUCUGGUUCUGCCUGGGCUGGUGCACCUUCUUCCUCAUCCCCAGCAUCAUCUUUGCUGUCAAAACCUCCAAGUACUUCCGCCCAAUCCGGAAACGCCUCAGCUCCACCAGCUCUGAGGAGACUCAGCUCUUCCACAUCCCCCGGGUUACCUCCCUGAAGCUGUAGGACCAAUGGCAAGGUGAGGUGAUCCCUGGGGCUGCCUGUCCCCUCCACUUGGCUGGGACCAGAGGACUUCGGAAGCUUGUCACAGAGACCAAGCUUGGGACUUGGGCUGGACUGUCCCCUAGUCCAGCUGAUCCACCUUUGCCCGCUCCCUUUCCACCUUCUUGAUCCUAACCCCUUCAUUCGUUCACACCUCUGCUGAGCUGCAGGACAACAGUUGCCCUUGGUGCCCUGCCUUUGCCCUCUUUGCUGCUUUGUACCAGGGCAGGGAAGGGCCUGUUCCCUCCCUGCCAGAACCCCUUCUUCAGCCCCUCACUCUGCUUCUCUCUAAGCUCUGUACCCUUUGUCCCCAUCUGGGGGACAUCUUUCCUUCCUCCUCUCUCCAAGGAACUUCUUCCUUCCUGUCCUCUCUUUUUACCGCACCCCUACUGCUACCUUGCCGCUCCUCCAAGGACCCCUGCCCAACCAGCUCAUCAGAUGAGCCCACCGGGCAGGCCUGGGCCUGGACCAGGCUGGAUUCUGACUGCCUCAUGGCCCCAAGGGCCUGGACUUCCUGGCCCCCAUUGGGCAGAAGGAGACUGAGGGGUGAGCCUCCCUGCUUUCACCCAAAGUCACAAAUAGCAGUGCUGUCCCCAGGUCCUCUCUGGGCAUCGUUCCCAGGGAGGGACUGGAACCUGGGCUACACUGGGGUGGCACCCUGGGCUCUCCAGAAGGCAGGAACUCCUCACUUCCCUAAGCUUUGUUUAGAGAACAAAAGAGCCCUUGAAGCUAGGGCUCUGUACAUAGUUGGUGUUUAGUACAUGAUGGUGCAGGUGUCCAGGGGCUCCUCCAGUCACCUGCAGAUGGGAGCAGCACCAAUCUGGGAGGCUGCUGACAGGAGCAGACUGGGUUCGCAGCCUACCUCUGAUUCUGCUAGCUGGACACCUUGAACCUGUUACCCAGGUCUCCUAAACCCAGCCUCUCCUUUUAUAAGAGAAUAAUCAGAACCUCAAUGUCGGGCCGUGAAAAUUAAAUAUAACAAGUGAGAAGCCUUUGGCAGGGAAUAAAGGUACAGUAACUAAA